GCGAGAUUGGGCAGACCAGCUGGCGUUUGUCAAUGGUGUCGACAGUCCGACUGCUGGAGAAGCCGUUUUAAGUGGGAAUCCACCGGGCACAGUGAGGACAGAUGCGUUGCAUGCAUGUACUCCUGGCGGUGCUGUUCGUUGGCCUGCUGUGCAAAGGAUCAUGGGCCUUCCCGAGAUGCUGCUGGAGUAGGAAGUGCAACUGUCCGUACUUCAGACGUCUCUUCGGUCCCCGUAACCAUGGACACGGCAUCCUCACCGUCGGCAAGAGGCAAAGAGGCGAGGCGGAGUACAAGUCCCCCUCCUCCCGGGGGGAACACGACCCCACCCAUGGAGGACUCCCCGCCACUCUGGUGGACCUCCACCCGCCCCAGGUAGAUCUGCACCGGCCACAUGGGGACGGCUUACCGGAACGGACGUUAGACCACGGCUAUAGUGAGCGGAUGAACCAUCUCGAACAUUCCAAGGUGUGGGACCUCCUGCACCACCUCCGCCGCCUGCUGAAUCUGACAGCUGAGGCCGACGCCAGAUCUAGAAGACGACUGACCGACGUGCAGCCAUACGAAACUUCUCCGAGACAUUGGCAGAUAUCAAUGCGCCGUUAACAGGCAUAACCGCCCCUCCUCUCCCUGCAUAAGGACCUCGGCCAAGGCAAACAACCUAAGUCAUCAUAAGAAGGGAAACCUGUACCCAAACAUAGGCCACAUUAUUGAACACAUAUGUAUCUAUAGACAUGGUUCAGUAAUUGUCUCCUUCCAUAGAACCAGUGUUUAGGGCAAUAAAGUAACGUUCAAUCGAUCAAACUAGGUGGGAAUCUGGUUCUCUUGUUUUUCUUCAUUGUAGCCUACCGAUGAGUAGGUUGGCCUCCCAGGUCGUUCAGUUUUUCCAGUACAAGCUUACACGAUGGCUCCCUCAGCAGAGGCCGCGCCAGCAAUACGGGAGUACAUGUAAGGUGAUUCAAACUGUUACCCUCGUGUUCUUUCAAAUUACUCAAGAGAAUUGCCAAAAAUAUUUAUUCAGAAGGAUUUCUGUGUUUUGACUGCCCCUUGUACUAGUUGUAGUCUUGCCCUGUUCUUACAGGACCUUUAUCUACUAGUACUUACCAACAGACGCGAUGGCUUUUUCACGAUAAAAGAGGAUUCAUUGCCCCUUUAGAUUUAAAUAACACAAAAAAGUGUUUUAUUAGCAUAAAAGACCCGCGCAAUGGAUUCAAAGAUUCCCACCAUUUCUUAGACUUUGCACUUUUUCUUUUCUUUAUUCCAGGGAGGCUCUGAUUAUUCACUUCUUUACUAAUCUAUAAUAAGUAAGGAAAUUUUAAGAUUCUGUACCUUUGUUCUCAGUGGAAUGAUGUCCUUUUGACUGUGCAUACCUGUUCUAAAGUACAACGUAGAUAGUAGUGUCCCUGGGGUUGAUGGAAUAGUAUAUUCAUCCAAAGCAAACAAAAAGCUGUAUAAGACACUAGAUAAUCUCACUGUUGCAGUCCUUGUUCCGCAAGUUUCACUGUAAGCGUCAAGUGAGUCGGCCGCAUUAGAGUCAGUGAUGCAGUAACAAAACAAGUAUCACGGAAACAUCAUCACUUUUCCUUUACUUCUGGAUAGCACGAUCAAAGACAAAAACCUUUUGUGUCUUUGCGAUUUCGCCACGGGGCCGGUGUUACAUUUACAUGUCAUAGAUAAGAAUAUUAAGGAAUAUUAAUCAAGAAGUAUAAAAUAAAUCUUCCAGAAGGCUCCAAAACCGGUGAUAUCAAUGUUGGAAUAUGUAAAACAAGCAAACAAGCAAAAACAUUCCCCAAAGCAAACCAGGCUUGAUCUCUAUACGCCCCCCCCCCAUCAAUGUUAGAACACAAAAGAAACUCAGUUAUUACGAAAUGCCAUUAAAGGAUUCUCCCUAGAUGUAACAAACAUCCCCCAGCCUUAGCGAAAGGCAGACCAUCUAUUUCUAGCGACCCUACCCGAGGUAAAACUGCCUGAUGUUUUAACCUUUGUCCAGUGUUACGCUCUGUGAGAUUAAGGUGGAUUUGUGACCUACGUCAUCGUGGCAGAAGAUAGCACAGCACCUACGGCAGCUCAUCUUCAGAGGACAUCAGAUACAAGUUAAGACUUUGGGAUAUGUCUUAAGGGCAUGAUAGUGUCAAAGCAUUCCGAUUCCCAAAUAUUAUGCAGGAUUCCCUUGUCGUGUGUGUAGUUGGUCGGUUCACCCCUAUGUUGUACGGAACACAAGUAAAUAACAUGUAUGGUAAGGAGUCAACAAAGCACUUUGUAAGCUUAAGCAAGCAUGGGUACAAGCAAAACUGGAAUAUCCCAUGAAACCUCACUGUGAACUUUUCUUCUUUUGAUCUAAGGUCAAAUCUGAUACUGGCAAUUUACCUUUUGUUGGAAUCUACAAUAUUGUUACAUCAGAAAGAUAUGAAAACUAACAAUGUCGUAGUAAAUAUGGAUUAUGGUAUAUGUUAGCAGGGUUUGCUUACCAAAGCUCUAGACUAUUGCACUGCAGCAGUAAUACGAUGUUACAAUAGCUUAAUGUAGGAUCGUGUCAGUUAACUCGAUUGAUUGUAACGGUUGCGGUAACGAUUAAGUGUAAGAUGUAAUAUUUUGUCAUACUUCCGGCCCUAAACCCCAAGUAAACAACAGGUUAUGGCAGAUCUAGAGCGCUGUUAUGCCUUGAACUAGAUUUGGGAGAGAAAACAACACUGU